UAAAACGCCCAUCGUCCUGGCGUGUCGCUUGGGGUGAUUGCUCGCGCAGGUGCUCUUCCUUCCCGAUACACGAACCACGGCGAUCAAAGGCGAAGAUCAUGGCAACGGAUUUGCAGGACAUUGUGGAGCACAUGAGGCGGUUCGCCUGGCCGGACUACCUGGUGUUCGUGUCGAUGCUGAUGCUCUGCAUCCUGAUAGGCGUCUACUUCGGUUUUGUGCAACGGAAACCCAACACCGAGUCCGAGUAUCUGAUGGGUGGCCGGACAAUGAUGGUCUUCCCGAUCGCCCUUUCCCUCAUCGCUAGCUUCAUUUCUGGCAUUACCCUGCUCGGGCUACCGACGGAGGUGUACUCGUUCGGCAUUCAGUACGUGUAUGUGGCGCUCGGCGUAACGCUAAUGGGCUUCGUGAUGGGCUUCAUCUAUCUGCCGGUGUUUCACAAGCUCAACAUCACAUCCACGUACGAGUAUCUGGAGACACGUUUUGACCGCCGGUUACGCAUGUUCGGUUCGAUAAUGUUUACGAUUAUGAAUAUCGGCUACCUUCCCAUCGUCAUUUACGUGCCGGCGUUGGCGUUUAAUCAAGUAACCGGAGUCAACAUACACGUGAUAACGCCGAUCGUUUGUAUUGUCUGCGUGUUCUACACCUGUGUGGGUGGCCUGAAAGCGGUAGUGUGGACCGAUGUGGUACAAACGUUUUCCAUGUUCGGUGCGCUGGUACUGGUCGCCGUCAAGGGUACGAUCGAUCUGGGCGGAUCGGAUGUCGUGUUCCGCAGUGCGUGGAAUACGGGACGGCUGGAACGGCCCAAUUUUGACAUCAAUCCAACCACCCGGCACACCUUCUGGUCGCAGCUGAUCGGCGGGUUCGUGUACUGGCUGCAAACGAACGCCGUCAGCCAGAAUAUGAUACAGCGGUAUCUGUCGCUUCCGUCGGUCGCUGCCGGCCGGCGAGCUUUGUGGAUUUUUGUGUUCGGCGUGUGUCUGCUCAUGUCGCUGUGCAGCUACUGUGGUCUGUUGAUUUAUGCCACCUACCAAAACUGUGAUCCUCUUACGACGAAGCUCGCCCGGGCCAAGGAUCAACUGUUGCCGCUGUUUGUGAUGGACAUUCUGCGGGAUCUGCCCGGGCUGCCGGGUCUGUUUGUGGCCGGUGUGUUCAGUGCGGCGCUCAGCUCGCUCUCCACCUGUCUCAACUCGAUGUCGGCCGUCAUCCUGGAGGACUUUGUCAAACCGUUCGUCCACAAACCACUGUCGCAGCGAACGAUCAACUGGAUCAUGCGGUCGGUCGUCGUUGGCGUCGGAGCGCUUUGUGCAGCGCUCGUGUUUGUCGUGGAAAAGAUGGGCACGGUACUGCAGCUGACGAUGAGCCUGGAAGCGAUCACGAACGGCCCUCUGCUGGGUACGUUUACCAUCGGCAUACUGAUCCCGUGGGUCGAAUCUAGGAGUGCACUUACCGGUGGCAUUUUCGGGGUGAUAUUCAUGUCGUGGCUGAGCCUGAAGGCCCAGUACUGGGUGGCAACCGGCACGAUAGUGUUCCCGCACAAACCAAUGUCCGUUGAUGGCUGCACGUACGAGUUUGACCGUUCAUUGGCAAACGCCACCAGUACGAGCGUGUACACGACGGAUGAUAUUUUCCCACUGUUCCGCGUGUCUUACAUGUGGUAUACAUUCCUCGGAGCGGCCGUUACCAUCCUGGUUUCGUUGCUCUGCUCCGUGCUGAUCUUUGGACGCCAGGAUCCAAAGACGGUUUCGCCCGACCUGAUGGCCGGCUUUGUGCGCCGUUACAUCCACGGACCGGAUGUCCCGUCGGUGCAGGGAAAUGCGCGCGUCGUCGUCCUCACGCCGAACGCGUACGGUAAAAAUGGCAAAACGUCACAUGAAUCUGCAUUGUAAGAAGUUCCCAGCGAGAUGGUGGGGAAGGAAAGGCUCGGAUAAUCAUAACUGUAAGUGAAGGUGUUUAAGAAUAGCUCGGUGUGCAACUUGAACUAGAGUGAUGUGCCAAAUAAUGAAUAAAAUCUUGUACUGUAAUGACGUGUUCAUGAUC